AUGAGUUUUGAUUAAUUAUUGUUAUCCAGACCACUUUAUAGUCCAAAUCAAAAACACCUUGCUUUUACUGUCCAUUCACAUAAUCCAACGCCUUACAGCAUUACAACCUAAGUCUCUCCAAUUGAGUCUCCAAGAAUAGGAGAUAUAUCAACUAUCCCUAAGACAUCUGAAAGAGGGUAGUUGUAUGAGAAAUUAAAAGCCAAUCUCAAAAAUUAUGAUCCAACAAAGUCAAUUUAAAAUGGUAUUAAAGGUUAAAAGGUUAAGGAAGCUUAUAAUUUACUAUCUGAUUUCAAUGAUAAAAAAUAGAUAAUUUAAUCUCUAAAGUAAUUAUCCUCUGCAGAAGAACGAAUAUUGCUUAUCGAUAAAAUUUUAGAGAGAAAAGAAGAGAUGCAAAUAGCUGCUCUCAGAUUAAAAGCUAAAAGAUUAGAGCCAAUUUUUAAUGUAAUCAGGAGGAAACUGAAACUGAAACAAAGAUUAAAUUAAUCUGCUGAUAAAAUGAAGAAACAAUCAAUUUUUGGAUUGAAAACUGCAGAUCAACCCAAUGAAGUACUUAAUCCAAUGCAUUCUUAUGGAAAUAUAGAUGAAUAAUAAUAGCAGGACGAAAAUACUAGAAAAGAAUUAGUAAUUGAAAAAAUAUAAACUAAAUAUGCUGCAUCAGUUGCAUUCUCAUGGUUAACAAAUAGAGCUGAAAAACAAGAAUCUUUAUAGAAUUUAUCUCCAGAAACUGUUAAGAGAAAUAACAGAAGAAAUACUACUUUAAAGUAAAGUCAAAAAGGAAUAACAGGUCUAAAAUAGAUGAUCACCAAAAAAGUGAGCGAGAAUUCCGAUGAAAUGAUUAGAUUGGGACAACUGAAAAUGUUAGAAAAUCAGCAAAAAUUUUAUAACUCCAAAGAUAUAAUAGCUAAAUCUAAGGCUAAAGUGGACACAGGUAGAGUAAAGAGUGUAUAAGUUAAUAGAUCAUUAAGAAAAAAAAAGACCUUGGAUUUCUUUACGAAUGAAAGAAAAGAGAAUUCAGAGCUAACUUAAUAAUUAGCAAAUGAAAAAAGUAAUCUCGUAUUUAAGAGAAGGUUAAUUGUUAAAGAUUGA